GCAGAAUGAGAGCUCAGUAACAGCACAACUACAAGACCGAUCUCUGAGCUAACAAUUUGUGAUGUCUAGGGCUUGGACUACCUUUAUCACGGCAUUUGCCGUUGUACUGCUACUUGGUGUAUCUUAUACACUCAUUCGCAAUAAUACUACGACUCCUCUCAUAUCUGCUUCAAAGGAUUACCUUGUAAAUUGGAACGAACGGCAACGAUUGUCGAAGUCUUCAAAUAACACCAACUCCGCUGAUUCGUUUGUGGAGAUAAAUUUGAAAGAAGUCAAUUGGAAAGAAAUCCCUCGAUUGCCAUCGCCUCCGAAAGGAGAAAUGCACGAAAAAUGGAUAGUUCUGACCACGAUAAAUACUCCUACAGCAGAUGUGAAGAAGUUGGCUGGUAUAGAAGGCUGGAAAGUUGUAGUUGUGGGUGAUACUAAAACGCCGGCAGAUUGGAGGUAAACUAUGUUGCUCUUACUUUCCCUUGUAGAGAGAUUAUAUUUAUGAAUGCAAGCCUUGACGUAACGAAUUUAAACUAAAAACUGGGUGUCAGUGUGCGCAUUGAAGUGGGACAAUUUAAUGAACAUAGCGUUCCGCGAGGCAAUAGACGGUAAAAUUUUCGCACAGCCCCAUACUUCAUUAUGCAUUCAGUUCUUGGAUAGAGAAAACAAUGACAAAAGCAAUACAUUACCAUUGGGAAAACAGAUUUGUUUACAAUAGUAUGGGGCUGUGCGGAAAUUUUACCGAUUCCUAAUACAGCGACUAAAAUGCCGGAGGUUUUCUUUGUUUCUUUGGGUGUUCUCUUCGAAAAAAAAUAUCAUUUUCUGAAUUAUUAUUAUUUUUUUAGAUAAAGGAUGCAAAAGUUCUUUAAGGCUGGUAAUUCACUUUUUUGGAAGUAGAGUUUUUAAGAGGCCCAUUAAUAACGUUACAUGCAUGCAAUAAAUAUUAAUUUGAGGUCCACAGAGAGAACUAGUUAAACUGCAAAAGUUGCUAAGAGAUUUUGGUUUUCUCUGUGAACUUCAAACCAUUAUUUAUUAAAACUGAAGCAGAGGAAAAAUAAGUCAGAUACAUACUUCAGUUUCAAGUGGCCAAAAGGCUUGUUGUUUCUUCUUGUACAAUCAAUCGCAUGCAGAUGCUUUAAAUUUUAAUGCAAAAAUUCAAAUAGAAAAAAUGGUAAAACCUAGCAGUAAAGAAAACUUAGUUUUUAUGGAAGGAUUACUGUUGUUGAAACACUUGACCACUCAAAACUGUGUUUGUUACACAUGAGCAUAAUCUUUGAAAAUAAACUAGCUGAUUUUCAAUAAUAUUUGGGAUGGUAAUCCAGCAAAUGUGAGGUGGUGGUCUUAAAAUGUGACUUUUCUAUAAUGGAAAGAAUGUUAAAAAAUGCUUGGGUCAAUAAGAUACAAAACACAUCCAACGCCUCAUGGAAAACCAUCGCAACCUUUGCCUUUCUAACUAAAUGUAAUCAUAAAAUGAAACUGCUUAACCUACAAAAAAUCUUGUCCCUUUUUUACCUAGUGAUUUAGCAAUACAGGCAAGUAUUUUAUAAGUUUAAACCCUUCAGAGGGAAAUAGAACUAAUUAUGAACCUGAAAUUAUAUUGAUCAACAGGCAAAUUUUAAUAAAAAAAAAAUCAGUUUUUCUUUAAAAAAAAAAAAAUUCUUGAAUGACAUCUUACAUUUGUGUAACUUAAUGAAUACAUGUGGGGAAUUCUUCUCAUUUUGAUCAUUCAGAGCAAAGUUCCUAAUGAAUGUACCCUUUUCUACUCACCAUGGUGAAAUCAAUACCAUCCCAUGCAAAUGGAAAUCUUUUGUCAAAAAAAUGGGCUGACUGAGGUCCAAAAUGUGAUGCAUAACAAGGGCUUUUUUGUGAGGCAUAUUUAUUCUAGAAUUCUAAAAACUAUUUUGGAACCACCAUCAGUUGGAGAUAAAAUCUUUAGACAUGGCUUUUCAAAACUCAAUGUACACAAAAUAUACUUAUUACUUUUUAUUAUAACGAAAGAUGUAUGCUGAUGAUGCUUGUAUACAGAAUUCAUAACAUACUUCCUAUCACAAACCUGUUUUGGUACAGAAUCAGACAGUGUCUUCUGCUCUUUGGGCAAAACUGAAAAGAAACCUUAGACUACUUGUUACUUCAAUGUGGCAUCACAGCAACCUUUUUGGUAUAAUUUGAAGAUUUGUGGCAUAGACAUAAAACCAAAAGCUUUCCAAAUGCUUGAUAUUUGCUUAGCAUUUUAUUUAGUGUUUACUAGGCAUCUUUUCAAAUAAAAGAAUGCAAGAACAUUAGUACUUAUACAAAUGAAAACUCUGUGUUGCAGUUUUUACUUAAAUUAUCUUUCUAUAUUUCUGUAAAGCUACAAGAAAAAUUUUAUUAUAAACUGAAAAAUAUCAAAAGUUACCUUUUUUUGUUUUCUUUUACAGUCAUCCAAACUGCAUUUUCUUGAGUGUGGAAAAACAAAAGUCAUUGGGAUAUUAUAUUCAUGAUUUACUGCCUUAUAAGAGUUAUGCCCGUAAAAACAUAGGUUACCUUUAUGCCAUCCAACAUGGAGCAAAAAUAAUAUAUGAAACAGAUGAUGACAACUCACCAACAAGUGGAAAAAUAACUUUCCACCAGCAAGAAACUGGUGAUUUCCUUGUGUACAGGACUGAUUCUGUUGUGGUUAAUCCUUACGAGCACUUUGGACAGAGUACUAUUUGGCCUAGAGGGUAUCCAUUGGAACACAUUGCUGAUCCACCAUCACACCAGUUUGUCAAAUGCCCUGGGGUGGACACAGCCAUACAGCAGGGUGUUGUUAAUGGGGACCCAGAUGUGGAUGCCAUCUUUCGUUUAACAAGAAAGGACCAGGGAGUGGACUUAAAAGUCGAGUUUGAUGCUGACGCACCACCUGUUGUUCUUCCACCACACACAAUGGCUCCUUUUAACUCACAAAACACACUGUUCUUGAACAAAGCCUUAUGGGGCAUGUUGCUACCAAUCACAGUGGCAUUUCGAGUCUGUGAUAUCUGGCGUGGGUACUGGGCACAGCGGUUGUUGUGGGAUGUUGGAUCGCAGCUGUCAUUUUUCCCACCAAACGCUGUUCAGUUUCGAAAUGCUCACAACUAUCUUGAUGAUUUCAUAGAUGAGAAAAUGCUCUAUCAUGAUGCUGGGCGUUUAGUGGAAUUUCUGGUGAAAUGGAAAUCUGACAAAAACAACUUCUUCAGCAGAGUUUUAGAUCUUAGCACAGCAAUGGUCCAAGAAGGCUUCUGGGAGAUGAAGGAUGCCAUGUUAACAGAAGCUUGGCUAACUGAUUUAAUAAGGGUUGGGUAUGAAAUGCCAUCCAUUCCAACUGAACCAAAGGCAUGCUUGAGACAUACAGUGGGUGGGGAAACAGUACUGUACUUCAAAGAAAAGCCGUCCUCGUAUUUGAGGGCAGGUAAAGAGUUAAAGUAUAUAUUAGAGCAAAAAGCAGGAUCAGCUUUUUUCUAUAGGGAAAAGAGGGGAUGAUAUGUUUGGGGAAUCUUUCAAGUUAAUGCCUCCACAGAUCUAAUACUUUUAUGAUUGGAAUUAUAGAUAACACCCUCCUCAUAGUUGUUAUCAAUUCUCUCCAUUUUCAAGGUUGUUCUUGAAAGGUUAUUUAUGUCAUGUCAUGUCAUUCUGUACUCAAGCCAUAACACUUUCAUCAGUGUUUAUGCUGUUCCAUGGUUGGUGGACUGUUUUGCACAUCUAAGAAUAAUUAUUUACACUGUAUUGGAUAAGGUUGAGUAUGAUAUCUUGAAUUAUCAAGAUCUCAUACUCAACUUGGCUGUGGCGGGUAACUUAGACACAAGCUUCUUUGAUUCAUAAUAUGUAAAAACCAAAUUCAACAAUUGCUUUGUCAUACUUUUUUAAACAGUCUGCAAAAGAAGACAAAUUCCAGUACCAAAGACCAUUUGGAUUCAAGGUAUUAAGUCUAUUGUAAAGUAAUAUUUGAAAUGCCCAGCUUGGCACACAAGAGUUUUGCAAUUUUCAAGGUUGUUCUGAAUGUGCCAAUUAAAGAUAAGAUGACAAUUGCUAUUAUUGUUAUUAUUAUUUUCGUUGUUAUAUUAUCAAUCAAAUGUUAAGUUUCAUAGCGAGUGACUAUAAGGUAUCCAUUCCAGUCUGUAAAGUAAGAAGGCCCUUUUGGCCAUGAUUGAACCAAUGCAAGCUUGACGUGUGAAUCUCAUAAAAUUUCUGGUUUUGAAGUUUGGUUUUCCAUUUUUUUGAGUCCAAAUCCUGAAAAGCUGUUAUCUCUAAAGGCAUGGCAGGGGGUUUGCUGGGUAGGCCAGUAUAUCAACAUUUGAUGGCAACUUUAAGUAAUGUGAUCACAUUUCAACUACACAGAGUCCCAAGAAAUUUGGUAUUGUAAGUCCAGGGUGGUUGAAUGCCAUGCUAGAAAAUUAGCAUCCUCUGUCACCCCGUUCACCUUGCUAUUAAAAAAUUGAUUAAAAAAGUGAAAAGUUAAGUGGAUUGAGAACAAUUUCUGGGGAUAAGUAAUUUAAUUUUCUUCUUGAGGUGGAUUGAGCUGGGAUAGAGAGGUAGGUGGAGAUCUAACUCCCUUAUAGACAGAAAUCCAUUAAAUUACAAGGAAUGAAAGUGUUUUACGCCAGC